ACUACCUAGCUGGUUUGUGUUCGCACUUUUUACGUCUUGGAUUCUUAUUUUUUUUUUAAAUUAAAACGUCGAAAAGAAAAGCCGGUUUAUAAACAAACCAUCGACACAUUAUUUUAUUCAGACGACAACUCUUCUGUCUAGAACUUACCGUAGCGUACACGAACGCGCCCAGCGAAAAGAACAAAGUGAGAUACCCACACCCACAGAGAGCGUGCCGCCAACACUGACACCCUCCUGCUCCUUUGUCACACACUUACCAUAACCCCCAAUACGGUUUUUCAAGUUUUCAUUAUUGGUUAUACAACGAUAUUAUUCACGUCUUUACUCGAGCCCUAUUGAGUAGACAUAUAUCCCGUAACGCCACAUUGUGCCAUCACAUCAUCUACACGUACUUUGUGCUUCAUUAGUAUCACCGGGACCAUUAUUUAUUCACUCCAACACCUUUCAUCCUAUUUCAUUCAUUAGCAUUAGACUUUCAUCUUGUCUUGUCAUAAUCAUACACAUUUUGCAUCUGUCAUGUCUACUGAAAACACCAUAGGAUUUGCAGCCCCACAUAGUGGCAAUUUCAUCUUGGGAGAACCCCAUAUUUCGAUGGCGUCCCUGUUGGCCCUUGGUCAUAAAUCUGCGCCACCUCAUCUUCACCAUUCCACGUCAAACCCAUUAUUGAACCUGCAACAACAGCAACAAUCCCAGGCUCCUCAACAAGCUUCCCAGCAAGGUCCACCUCCACCUCAGCAACUCCAGCAUCAACUGCAACAACAACAGCAGCAGCAUCAGCAUCAACAGCAACUCCAGCAUCAGCAACAGCAUCAACAACAACAGCAGCAUCUUCAACACCACCUGGUACAAUCUUCGGUGCCUCAACCAUCCCAGAGCCAUCAACAAGUGCAUCCACUCCCACAUUCUGUACCUGGGGAAAAGUUUUCACUCCGGUUGUCUAACUUGCCUGUAGAUCUUUCUAAAAGAGAGGCUACGCUCAUGUUUGCCCUUGUCAUGGAUGAUAUCUUAAAUAUUGAGUUUGAAGAUCGUCAAUUAAUUGCCUAUUUCAAGACUUUGAACACAUGCAUCACCACUGGGAAGCUUUUGGAUGGUAAAUAUCUCUUUGGACCUGAAGUCUCACCAGUGAAAGUUGAAUACGAUAGUGUGGUGAAUAGUAUUAAUCAACCAUUCAACUCGUUGAGAUUAUCUACCGGGGCCAACAUUUCACCACCUCAGAUAAAUACAAAUACUGCUGCACCUGCUUCUGGCCCUGCUUCUUCUUCUACUGGUCCUGGUGAUUACCAAAAGAGACAAUCUAUUGGUAAUCAAAGAUCAAGAUUUUUGUUCAGUGAUCCAUUUUCUGGUUCAACCACCCCAACAUCUGCUGGUGGAGCCAAUACUGGUAGAAUUGAUCUUUCAGACUUGACUGGUAAAUCUCUUUUGUUGAUGGAAUCCCAAAAUGAUGCUAGAGAAUAUGACCAAUUAGUUAGAGAUCCAUGGAAGAGUGCAACCACCAACAGUGGAGCCACCAAUGCUAACGGGGUACCAAUUGGAUCAGCGCCACAAACACCAUCUGCUGGAUCCCAAUCAACUCCAUUUGAAUGGGGCAACACUUCUACUGCAGGCUCCAAUGCCGCAGGUGCAUCGGGAGUCCCAUCUGCUACUGCCGCCGGCUCAUCUUCAGACAGAAGAAGAACCUCAUCUGCGUUCUUUAACAAUACUGUUAACAACUUACCACCUUCAAGUUCGCAUAAUUCAUUACCAUCUCAAGGUCAACAUCAUUCUAUGUUGGGUUCUUCAUCAGGCCAACCGCUUCAACAAUUGUCAAUUCCUCACGGUCACUCGAUUCAAGGCUCUACGCCUACCACCACUGGCCCGUUAGCAACACAAAUCGCAUUAUCUAGUUCCCAGUCAUCCCAACCAUCGCAUUUAUCUUCAGCACCACGCCAAACGUCUCAAUCCCCAACUGAACAAUCACCACCCCAAGUGGAUUUGCAACAACAAUCUCAGCAACAACAGCAACAACAGCAACAGCAGCAGCAACAACAACAACAACAACAGCAACAAGCUCUGUCGCAACAAACACAACAACAAUCCCAACAACUCUCUCCUCAAGAACAAGCACAAUCGCAAACUUCAGGUCAAACUGGAAGACUGAAAGAGGUUCCAGAUUUAUCUUUGCUUGCCAGAGUUCCCCCACCUGCAAAUCCAGCGGAUCAAAAUCCUCCUUGUAAUACUUUAUAUGUUGGUAAUUUACCACCUGAUGCCACAGAAGUUGAACUUCGAGCUUUAUUCUCUCCACAGAAGGGAUUCCGUAGAUUGUCAUUCCGUACCAAGACUCAAUCUCAAUCCAACCCUAACGCAAACAGUCAUAACCAUGGACCUAUGUGUUUUGUUGAAUUUGAAGACGUAGCACAUGCUACUAGAGCAUUGGCAGAAUUAUACGGUAGAGCAUUACCUAGACCAGGAGGAAGUAAUGGAAAGGGAGGAAUUAGAUUAUCAUUUUCCAAGAAUCCUUUAGGAGUUAGAGGUCCUGGAAACCCAAGAAGAACUUCUGCUAGUCAAGUCUUAAAUGGUGGAUCUAGUUCCACCAACUCUUCAUCAUCUACAGUUGCAAAUUCCAACAAUGGGAUUGGGAAUUAUGGUUACUCGGGUUAUCAUAAGGGAUCUUAGGUGAGUGACAUCGAAUGUUGUUCAUAAUGAUUAAUGACUGAUCAUAAAUUUGAUUCUUCACAUUGAUCUGUGAAGGUUAUGAUCUUUGGCUUAUAUGUUUUAAUUGUUUUCAUACUGUACUAUUUACUGGCGCUUAUAUCAAGUAU